GUCGUGCGUUUCCGGUUCACAGUAUGGCGUGCUGCCGUGCAACUGUGAAUCAUUGACAGGACAGACAUACGCUAAAAGAUGUAAUCCAGAUCAUGGCUGAAAAGUUUGACCCACCUAUAACCUUGAGUCAUAAUUUCCCCUCAUUACAUCACUGGGAUUCUCACCUGGAUCAUCAUGCUGUGGCUGAUGGACCAGAUAGAAUAUAUAUGGAUUACAACGCCACCACACCAGCCGAUCCAGAGGUGAUCAGGGUUGUUACUGAUGCUUUAAUGGAUGCGUGGGGAAAUCCCAGCAGUAACUACCUUCCAGGUUUGAAAGCCAGAGACAUCAUCUACCAUUCGAGAGAUGCCAUUGCUAGGAUGGUCGGUGGAAAAGCAGCAGACAUUAUUUUUACUUCAGGAGGAACUGAGGCCAAUAAUCUGGUGUUUCACACAGCGGUUGAGCACUUCAAGAAGAGCAUGAUUUCAGCAGAGGGAAGCACCUCAAGCAAGCAAACAAAUGGAAGAGGCUCUCUACCUCAUGUCAUCAUCUCCAACGUGGAGCACGACUCCAUCAAACUCACAGCUGAAAACUUGUUAAAAGAGGGCAAAGCAGAUGUCACAUUUGUGCCCGUUUCCAAGGUGACAGCACGGGUGGAGGUGGAGGACGUCAUUGCAGCAAUUCGUCCAACCACCUGUUUGGUGUCAAUCAUGCUGGCCAAUAAUGAGACGGGGAUUAUUAUGCCAAUUAAGGACAUUUGUCAGAGAGUCAAUGAAGUAAACAAACAAAGGGCGGCAUCAGCUCCCAGAAUCCUCCUGCACACGGAUGCAGCCCAGGCCAUCGGAAAGAUACGAGUGGAUGCACAUGAGCUGGGAGUAGACUACCUUACCAUCGUAGGCCACAAGUUUUAUGGCCCUCGAACCGGUGCUUUGUUUGUGAAUGAUCCUGGAAAAAGCACCCCAGUUUACCCUAUGUUCUUUGGAGGAGGACAAGAACGCAACUUUAGACCAGGAACUGAGAACACCGCAAUGAUAGCAGGUCUGGGAAAGGCUGCAGAAUUGGUGAGCUUAAAUCUGGCUGAAUAUGAAACCCAUUUCUUGGAAAUUAGAUGUUAUCUAGAGCAGAAGCUACUUGCUGUCUUUGGAAAAGAUAAGAUUCAUUUUAACAGCCAUUUUCCUGGUUCAAACAAUUUGCCCAACACAUGCAAUUUAUCCAUUUUGGGAAGGGGACUUCAAGGGCGCAGAGUGCUGUCCACCUGUAGGAGGUUGUUGGCCAGUGUGGGUGCCGCCUGCCACUCAGACAGAGGAGAUCAACCAUCUCAUAUUCUUCUAAGCUGUGGGAUUCCAUUUGAUGUGGCCACCAAUGCUCUGAGGAUCAGUGUGGGUAGAAGUACGUCUCGUGAAGAUGUGGACCUUGUCGUAGAGGAUCUGCGAGACACUGUAGAGCAGCUGGAGAGAAUGAACUAGCAUCUUUUGUUUCCUGAGGUGUGGAUGUUGCACACAUCUAUACAUUUAUUGAUACUGAACUCUAACCAAAAUGUUUUAUUAAACGUUUUAUUUUGUAUCCUUGCACAUAGAUGAGAUAGUGUGUCAUGAGCUUAGGCUUCGUGUUUCAGGGUCAUCACCAGGUUGCACUAUAUGGAUUUAAAAGCUAUUUAUUCAUCAGAAUAUGAUACGGAUACAAUGUUGGAACUGCAGGGAAUUAAUUUGCUUACUUUAGCUUAUGUAAAAAAAACAGCUUGCUUGUAGGGGUGUGCAGUCUGUAUCUUUUGUGAUAAUAUUUUCAUAACUGUUAUUUUAAGAGCACACACUUUUAAUGUGUCAUGUUGCUUGUUGGAAUGCAUUUUAAAUGUCUCAAAUAUUUGAGUUUGGGGAUAUAAAAUGCCAUUUAAGCUUUUAUAUUUAGCCAUUUUUAUCAUAAGCCAUAGUUAAUAUAACUAGUAAAGGUCUGUACACACUGAAUUUCAGAUUUUUUUUUUUCCUACGUAAAUCUCUAAACAAAAUAGUAAAACAGAAACUUUGCACACCAGUGCAUAUUAAUUAAUCUGUUGUGGAAAAAAAAAAACUGAAAACAAUUCAGAAGUCAAACAGGGAAUAUAAAAAAGAAAGAGGAAAUCUUGUGUUCAUCCAAUCCACUGCAUGGAGAGCAAGGAGAGUAAUUAUCCCAAAAUGCAAAGUUUAUAUCAGGUAGUCAGUGGCAUUUUGAUACUUUACUUGUGAUAAAGGAGUCAUAUAACAGAAAUUCCCCUGAACAAAUCCUGAACGGAGACUUCCGAUCAAAGAUUGAACUUGUUUUUUAACAUGCAAAUAUUUCAGAUUCAGUGUACAGUUAACCUUAACAGUUGUUUUUUCCAGAAUUAGAAUUGCUCGUCAUUGCUAAUAUGUCUUGAGUUGGACAAAUUGUUGGUUAAAUUUAAACAACACAAUCUAACUUUUUUUUUAAAUGCAACUGGUAAGUUGGUAAAUGCAUCUACAGUAGUUGCAAACUGAGCUCACUGUAAGGCAGUAAAUAUGACUCAAUGCAAUCAUUUCUGUGACUGCUGUGAAAUACCCAAAUCACAGCACAAAAGAUGUAAAUCUCUAGUGAGCAGUUAACCACACUAAAAGAAGUUUUGCAAUUAUUGCACACCCCUAUAUGUGUAUGACUGUUGCUUUAGUUAAUGUAAUUUCAGGUUGGGGUCCUUUUUACAAGGGAUUUUUAGGGAUGUGUUUAAAGGGAUAGUUCAAACAAAAAUGAAAAUUCUGUCAUCACUUUCACACUUGUAGGUCGAUUGUUUUGUACCGAAACAGGAAUUAAAAUUGUUAGUUUAUUUUUGUUCCUGGUGCAGUUCACUUUUACACGGCAAAGAUUCUAAAUGGACCAAAAUAGUUAAAACAAGUCACGUGCAAGUGAGAGACCUCACAUUGGUCAGAGUUUCAGGACCUAAAUUUUCAGUCCCAUGAAUUCAAAACAUUAUUACGUCAUUAUACGUCAUUAUUUGCAGUCAGAUCAUAAUGCAGAUCAAUCUUUGUUUCGAGAUGUCAGUGCAGAAAUUAUCACAACAAUAGGACUAAUACAUAUAUUAUAUAUUUAUAUAUUAUAAAAGCUUAAAAUAUGGAAAAAUUGUCAGAUGGUAAUUUAUGUCUAUUUUUCUAACAUAUAAACAGCACUUAGUUUGAAAUGCUUUCACUUUUGUUUUCGACAUGAAAUGCACAUUUACCAGUAGGAAUGACACCCCGCCCUACACAUAGGUCUCUCUUCAUGUAGCUGCAUAUAUGGUUAUUACACAACCAUGAUACACUGUGAUAUAGCCUGGUUCAUUGGAACGUUUUGCUUUUUCAGUGUAAUCAAUCCACUCCAGAUUUUGUUUCAAUCGAGCCGAGACCCCCUCAUUCAGGCGAUCUCGGACCGAUUGAUUUGGUGCUGAUUUGAGCACGAUUGCGGAAUUCACAUAUGCCAAACGAACCACACUAACUGGGCAAACGAGACAGGUUUCGAAACAAAUGUCUAAGUGUGAAAGCACCUUUCACCUGUACCAAAACAGUCGAAGUAUUUUUUUUUCUGUUGAACACAAAAGGUUUUUUGAAGAAUGUUUGAAACUGCCACAACUGAAUAGCAUGAACUUCAUAUCUAAAUUUGGCAUAAAUUGCAAUGGAAACCUUUACUGAAUAAAUUUUAACGUGCGCAUCAAAAAAGUUAUGUGAUUUUUGUUAUAACUGGCACACAUAGUCUCAGAAAUAAAGGUACAAAAUAUUUCACUGUGGUGGUAGCUUAUCAAAAUGUACACUGUCGUACUGUACCUUGUUUGUACAGUAAACAAUGUUUACUGUUGUAUCUUUAAGGUGCUGUGAGGUACAUAUUUGUCCUUUUUGGGUAUUAUUAUGUACCUUUAAAUACCUGUAAGGAACCAAAAUGUUGCUUUCCACCCCAGUGACAGAUUUUGUACCAUUAUUUCUGAGAGUCUAGCCAGUUUAUACAACGCAAUGAUAAUUAGUUUUUUCCUUAUGAACUGGGGCAUGAGAUGGCAUUCAUGAACAAACUAGCAGAACAACCAAAUUGCGUAACAUCUGAAAUCUCUUUUUAGCAUUAUUAUCCCAAAGUGCAGCCUCACGCCUCAAAAAGCCAACACACAUUCAUUGUGUUUCAGCUUCGUAUGCUAAGGUGCAAGCAAUUUAUUAUAAAAGAAAAAGACUCGCAGUGGCUUCUCCUGUCUCGGCAAAUUCCAUUUUCUUUUGGAUAUUUGGCACCAGCUUAUCAGGACUUAUUGGAUGGAAACAGUGUUUUUUCAGUCUUGUGCAAAAGUUUAAUUCUCAUCAUUAGAAAAAUAACAAUUGACUUUCAUACAAUAGUUGUAGGAUUUUUUUUUUUCCUACAUUAGAUGUCAGAGGUUACUGGGGUCUGUUCUUCAUAUGUGGAUUACUCAAUUAGCUGGAUUUGGUUAUUGACAAUUUGACACGAAUAAAUAUAAAUAUAAGUUAAAUAUAAGUUUCAAAUAUAUAUAAAUACAACUUAUGGAAUCCACACUCUGAAAAAAAAGUACAAAAAUUGUCACGAGGUGGUUCUGGACUUUUUAGAUACCAACGCAUACUAUUUUAGGAUGCCGACCCAGUUUUAUUACAAUUUGUUUAUGAUAAUAGACAUGCACAAUAUUUGUAUUUUUUUUAAAGAAUAAUAAUUGAUGCUGUUAUACACAUGUUUUAACAGCUAAUAUGAUGGUGAUUUGAUGCUUUUUUGAUACUGUACUUUUACCAAUAUCAAAAUGCUUUUUUAGAUGCAGAAUUAAUUUUAACAGCCAGUUAUUAUGUCGAUUAAGAAACCGAGGCUAUUAUAAGAAAGAAAAUUCACUCUAAAAGUAAAACUAAAUAAAUAGCUAAAUACUCUUGCCACAUGAAAGUUUAAAGCCUGUUGCCCACAACAAAGGUGAAACGUUACUGCAUGUCAGAUCAUGAUUUCGAGGAUUGAUAGAUCUGUCCUUCACAACACAUGCAGCGAUCUUAGAUCAGUUUAUCCAGACAUUUUAAAUCUGAUUUGCUAACUUGUUUGAAGAACCAAAUUAGCCAGAGAUCAGUUAUCAAGAUCAAAAGAUCCAGGAUCUGCCAAAUCAUCUUAGAUCAUUUAAACGAGGUAUAAAGAAUGGUCCCCUGGUCUCCAGCGUUCUUCAAAAUAUCUCCUUUUGUGCUGAACAGAAAAUGCAAACUGGUUUAGAACAAGCAAAGGGUAUUAAACUUGACAGAAUUUUCAUUUUUGGAUGAACUACCUCUAAGUAUUAUGGUCAUAAUGCCAUUUAUGAAAUAAAUUGCUGUAUUUAUGCUGUAAAUAUGUGUACCCUAUGCGUCUUGCGGGCUACUCUUUGUUACAUUGUGAUGUGACAGAGCGUGCCUUUUCAGAAAGAAGCCGAGGUAUCUGUUACCAAUCCAACAAAGCUUCCACAACAUUAUUAAAAGAGAGCUAAAUGGACACUCUUUAACUUCAGAGUGCUGAUCUGAUCUUUCCAAUUCAUUAAAGUUCAUAUGCUCCAACCAAA